AUGGCUACAUUAAUAGAUGGUUUAUUAGAAACUCAUCUUACUAAUUAUCUUCCUCAGAACCUUCAGAAGAAUGUUGACCGUCCAUUCGUUACCUUGACCUAUGCACAAUCGUUAGAUUCUCGUAUUGCUGCUCAACCCGGUGAGCGGACGGCCAUUUCUCAUCAAGAAACUAAAACAAUGACCCAUUACUUAAGAUCAAAGCAUGAUGCUAUAUUGGUUGGGGUUGGUACGGUAUUGGCCGAUGAUCCAAAGUUGAACUGUCGUUACAAGAAGGCCUUCUCUUUUCAGAGUAAAGCGUCCACGAUCAAACCCGUGAUCAUUGAUCCUAAAGCAAAAUGGAAGUAUUUGAAUUCCCAAUUGCAUCAACUUGUUAAAUCUGGAGAAGCCGAAGCUCCUUACAUUGUCAUUGAUCAGAAUACUACCUUGAGUGACGAAGAAACGAAUUGCUUAAAAGCAUGUGGAGGUAACUAUAUUGUUUUACCAUUACUGGGGAAAUCUAAUGUUGAUCAAUGGAACUUGAUAUUAAAAGCAUUGAAAGAUUUGGAUAUAAAAUCCGUAAUGAUUGAAGGAGGUGCUAGAGUCAUUAAUGAUUUAUUGAAAAUCCAAGCCCGUGAAUAUAAAAUCAUCGAUAGUUUAGUCAUCACCAUUGGUCCGGUGUUUUUAGGUAAAGAUGGAGUCGAAGUAAGUCCGGUUUCCAGUUUGGAUUUGAGAUUCGUCAGAUGGUGGUCUGGCGGAAGAGAUAGUGUUCUUGCUGCUCUUCCUAAUUAA